CCCUCUGUCGCUGCUGCCUGCCUUUACCUCCUUUUCUUCCCUUCUGCCGCACUGAAGAAAAGGACCAUGAAACCAGGCUCUGUCAGCUGUGUGUCCCAGUUGAGCCCAGACCGGAGCGUGUGUUAGGGAGGGAAGGUCCUUGCUAUCUCUCAGCGGGCGGUCCAUGCACACACACGGCACCAUGGGCAGCUCCCCCGAGGUGCUCUCCUGGACCUCCUGCCCCAGCCUCCUGGUGGGCAAGCUGAAGGAGGAGCUGAAGUUGACGGUGGUGGGAGACGCCAUGAAGAAGGCCGGCUCCAACAACGCGUCCCCCCAGCAGCCCCCUCCGCCACCUUCACCCCCGCGGAUCAUCGCCGACCUGGUGCCCCCUCCGCUGGCCUCGCCCGCCCCCGCCCCCGCCCCCGCCCCCGCCCCCGCCCCCCAGCCCCCGGGGCAGGACGAGGGGAGGGGAAGCCCGCCCGCCACGGCGUUGAGCGAGGACUCGUCGCGCGAGCAGAGGCACUUCGACAACAGCGUGCUGCAGCUGCAGGAGCAGGAGGAGGCCGAGUCGCCGGGCUCCGGGGGCGGGGGGUGUGGCAGCGGGGGCGAGGACGGCGGAGGCGGGGGGGGAGGUGGAGGAGGGGGGGGAGGGGGUGGAGGGUGUCAUCCUGCCGGCCGGGGAGGGGGGGUGGGGGGAGGGACACACGGACACCCGCACGACGACAUCAAGCUGCACUUCCACCGGGCGGGGAACGGCACGGCCGGCUUCCUGGAGGGGCUGUUCGGCUGCCUGCGGCCCGUCUGGAACAUCAUCGGGAAGAGCUACUCCACCGACUACAAGCUGCAGCAGCAAGACCAAUGGGAGGUCCCGUUUGAGGAGAUCUCGGAGCUGCAGUGGCUGGGCAGUGGGGCUCAGGGGGCAGUCUUCCUGGGGAAGUUCCGCUCGGAGGAAGUGGCCAUCAAGAAGGUCCGCGAGCAGAAGGAGACAGACAUCAAGCACCUGCGCAAACUAAAACACCCCAACAUCAUCGGCUUCAAGGGCGUGUGCACUCAGGCCCCGUGUUACUGCAUCAUCAUGGAGUACUGUGCCCAGGGGCAGCUGUAUGAGGUGCUGAGAGCUGGACGCAAGGUCACCCCUCGCCUGCUGGUGGACUGGGCUUCAGGGAUCGCCAGCGGCAUGAACUACCUGCACCUCCACAAGAUCAUCCACAGGGACCUCAAAUCCCCCAACGUGCUCGUCACACACAACGACACUGUGAAGAUCUCUGACUUCGGCACCUCCAAAGAGCUCAGCGACAAGAGCACCAAGAUGUCCUUCGCUGGGACGGUGGCCUGGAUGGCCCCCGAGGUGAUCCGGAACGAGCCCGUGUCCGAGAAGGUGGACAUCUGGUCGUUUGGGGUGGUGCUGUGGGAGCUGCUGACGGGGGAGAUCCCCUACAAGGACGUGGACUCCUCGGCCAUCAUCUGGGGCGUGGGCAGCAACAGCCUCCACCUCCCCGUGCCCUCCACCUGCCCCGACGGCUUCAAGAUCCUCAUGAAGCAGACGUGGCAGGGAAAGCCACGGAACAGGCCGUCGUUCCGGCAGAUUCUCCUGCACCUGGAUAUCGCCUCCUCUGACGUGCUGGGCACCCCUCAGGAGACCUACUUCAAGUCCCAGGCCGAGUGGAGAGAGGAGGUGAAGAAGCACUUUGAGAAGAUAAAGAGUGAAGGGACCUGUAUCCAUCGGCUGGACGAGGAGCUGAUCCGCCGGCGGAGAGAUGAACUCCGACAUGCCCUUGACAUUCGGGAGCACUAUGAGAGGAAGCUGGAGAGAGCCAACAACCUCUACAUGGAGCUGAGUGCCAUCAUGCUGCAGCUGGAGGUCCGGGAGAAGGAGCUCAUGAAGAGAGAACAGGCGGUGGAGAAGAAGUACCCCGGCACGUAUAAGAGGCACCUGGUCCGCCCCAUCGUGAGGCCCAAUGCUGUGGAGAAACUGAUUAAGAAGAAGGGCAGCAUGUCCCACAAACCAGGGGUGCCCACACCCAAGAGGCCUGACUUGCUCCGUUCGGACGUGAUCCCCAGUGUGGAGGUCCUCCCCUCCCCCCUGCCCCUGUCUGCCAGCCCCCGGGUCUCCACUCCCCCUGGCAAAUCCCGCUACCGCAGCAAGCCCCGGCACCGCCGGGCCAACAGCAAGGGCAGCCACGGCGACUUCCCGGGAGUCCUGAAACCCGGAGCGUCCGCCCCGGAAGAGCAGCUCCCCCUGCAGCAACACUACCACCACCACCACCUCCCGCCACCGGAGGGCGCCCUCCCCCUCCCCCUGCAGGGCCGCGAGGACGCCGUGGCCAACUGCGCCAACAACCUGCGCUACUUCGGCCCGGCAGCCGCCCUGCGCAGCCCUCAGACCGACCACCCGCCCCGCCGCGUCUCCGGCUCCGGCCCCGACCUCAUAUCCGCCACCGGCCAGGCCGACGCCCGCCAGCACAGCUCCGGCCCCCCGGGCCCCGGCCCGCUCUGCCCCUGCUGCCAGGCGCACCCCUUCCCUGGCUGCCCGCGCUGCCAGGAGACCCCCCCCCCGGCCCCCAGCCACCCCGAGCUGCCCCACUACUCCCUGCUCAGCACCUGCGAGGAGGCCCCGCCCGUCGCUCCCCGUGCCCCUGAGGGAGGCUCCCGGGAGGACGGGGCGGGGCAGGAGCGGGGGUCCACGCACCGGCUUCCCUGCGCCCUGCGACCUCUCAGGAAGGGUGGUGAUGAGUCGUCUGAAGAGGAAGAGGGGGAGGUGGACAGUGAAGUGGAGUUUCCACGGAGACAAAGGCCUCACCGCUGCAUGAGCAGCUUCCAGUCCUACUCCACCUUUAGCUCGGAGAACCUGUCGGUGUCGGACGGGGAGGAGGGCAACACCAGCGACCACUCUCACAGCGGGCCCCUGGAGCGUCUGAGCGCCAGCCAGGAGGAGCACCUGGACGAGCUGCUGUCCCACACGCCCGACAUCCCCAUCGACAUCUCCACCCAGUCCGACGGCCUGUCCGACAAAGAGUGCGCCGUGCGCCGCGUCAAGACCCAGAUCUCCCUGGGGAAGCUGUGUGCCGACGAACACGCCUACGAGAACCCGCUGCACUUCGGACAGACGGACUGCGAUUCCUCUGAGGCUGAGUGCUCAGACGCCACCGUGAGAAACAAGCCUGCCACCUGGUGAUCUCCACCCUCUCUGCCCCCAAGAUGACCUCAAUCCCUACACCCUCUACACCGGCAAUAAUACAUCACGCCACACGCAAACCGCCUUCUAACAGCACCCCCCCCCCCUCCCCGUCAGUGCCGGCCCCCGGCAGGACCACCUCUCAGCAAGGAAGACAGGGAUCCCAAUUUGGCCAGUUUUAAUGUAGCUAGUUCAACAUUCAUCAUUUAUUUUGAAGUUUAACUGUAAAGAUGAACAAAAAACACAAACGUUAUAAUGAGUAGCUAGGAGUAUAUUUGCGUAGAGUACUGUAUGACGAUCCUGUGCAGCUGGGAUAGAGGCUGGUUUCCGGGUGUGGUUGCGCCGGCAUCAUGGGUAUGGUGUGUCUCAGAACCUGUUCCUCUAGGCGUUGCCAUUUACCUGAGACUCCACCCCUGUAGGGGCAGCUAAUCUCAGUCGACCAGUUACAGUGCAUUCUACAGGACCAGAGUGGGUACGUUUAACUGUAGCAUUGCCCCAGAGCUUCCCAGGAGCAAGCACUGUCCCACUCUCUCAACUGCCCGAGAGCAAACGCCUGGCUGUUUUCCUUCUGAGUUUACAGAAGCAAGCCCCUCUCACCACCUCCAGGUGAACGGAGAAGGUGGAUAAGCCUGAACACCAGCAUGAACAGCACCCCCCACCCCCCAGAACUCCUCCAUGAAUCAUUCCAGAACCUUCCUAAUGUUCCACUUAGCAUGUCUGCUCAGCCUCUAAUGCAAGACUGUCACGAGCAUGAGUCAUGUUGCCAGGGAAACAAGACUCAGACCCUGUUUAUAUAGACGGCAAAAUUCAACCAGCUUAACCCAGCUUCUCCUUUUCCAGUCCGAGACCAUCGCCCUGCUUUGCGUUAUUUCCUUUCCGUUAUUGAAUAUAUUUUUUCCCGAUUCGUUUUGGGAAGUGUUGAACAACAACCCAACCAGUGUUGAAUUGUCUUUCGCCAGUGGACUCUCAGAAGAUAUGUGGGAAAAACCUGGGCUGGAACAGAAGCGGGAACGUCACCGAGUGAGUUCCUGUGGAUUCCAGAGGCAGGGACCUAAACGCUCUCUGCGCUUGGACUCUCAGAGUUACUUGAUGUUUAAAUUGGUGUGAUAUAUUUCCUUUCAGCAUGCAGUAUCCCUUUAAAUGUUCGCUCAGGUCCGCAAGCCCCCCUUUUGACUGGCUCUUUUGUCGUUUCUUUGAUAGCUGGAUGUUGCACAACACUGUUCUGUCAUGUGGAAGCACAGCUUAAAGAGUGAGGGACAGAUCUAAGGGGGGGGCGGGGGGCGGGGAGCAGCGACAGGCACCAGACCCCACCCCCUCCCCAUGAUUGGUUCAUGAAAGAAACGGAGCAAUAAUGCAGAAAUAAUAACUCAGGAGACCUAGGUUCAUCCAGCAGGCUGGACGGACAUAUCGAUGAUACACCGAGGAACCGCGGUUAGCGAUGAACAGCUCUUUUUAAAAUAUAAAUAUAUAUUUUUAAAAUGUUAAUUUACGAUGAACGCCGCCGCCAAAUGGUCGCUUUUCACGUUGGAUGCUCAGGUAUUGAAUAACAGUCGAGUGAAAAUGCCACGCAGUAUUUUUGCUAUGUGUGUCCACUAGGUGGAGAUGGGUACCCAGGAUUCAGUUGCAAUACGUCUUUCCCCCCCCCCCCCCAAUUCCAGUCCAGUGCUCAACGCCUAAUGUUUACUCAUCUGUAUUUCUGUUGCUCAUCAAAUAGUCUCACGAUGGCCGUAUUUUUCUGUGUUCUCUGCUUAUUUAAAAAAAGGGAUACUGCAUCUGUUUUUAUUUGUAUCAUUGUAUUGAUUUAUCAGUGUAUUUGGUUUGUACACAGGUUGAUGGCCAGUCAGAAUAAGAUGAAAUUAUCAUGCAUUCCUACUUUCGGGCUAAAUGAAGGGUUUAGUAAUUGUGGCAUCGCUGAGCUCAGCUGUUGUUGUGACAGCUACUGGGUAGAAAGGGUUGAGCUUGCCACAUUACCGAUGAAGUUGGAUCCUCAGUGUUGUUUUUGUAUUGGUCACAAAGCACUAAUAUUGUGUGCUGCAGAUAUGUUAUCUUUAAAGAACGUCCAUUCCCGUGAUGUCUGUGAACUCCCUGUCAUUAAUGUGUCUAGCACCUGAGACAUACCUGACCAGUAUCAUGUGACUUGGGUUGCAAGCCAUGUCCCACCCUUCACCGAUCAGGAGAUUUGGGUGUUGUGGACUUUGAGUAGCAUGUUGUUCUGUAAGCAGGAUUUUGCUAUGGUGUGCUACUGUCCGCUGAUACUGACCAGGGAGACCAGACCUCCUUCCUUCCUGAGGUGUUCUGUGUCCCCACCUCCCCAUGCAUUCUUCUGUCCAAAUGGUAUUAAGAAGCUAAUGUGUUCAAAUGUUAUUGGGAAAUGGGUGAAGGUCUUUAAGAUUGAAGGACGAUGUCUUAUCUGUAGAAAUGCUGGGACCGAUCUUGUAAAUUCUGAUUAAUUUAACGUAUUAAUUUAACGUUUUAACCUUUGUUUUGUAGCUGGCCUACAUUGAUUAUUGAAUUAAUUUAUGGUGGGAAAAACCUGUUAUAUCUGUAUUGCAGAAAAAUAGUCUUACCUGGCUCUGUUCUUCUCGUAUCAGGCAAAGGUCACCUAAUGGAUGUUGGGAGUAAAACCACAUCAAGGUUAUAAUGAAUGAAGGAGUUUUUUUCUGACCAGAAGUACACAGAGCAACUUGAGCCAGUCGCUUAGAAGGACAGCGUGUUCUGAGAACCUUUUUUGUCUCACGUCCCAAACAGACUCGUCUGUGAGAACCGGUCAUUACCUUUCCUCACAAAAGAAGCUGCUCUGUUUUUGAAAAAUAAUGGGCUCUCUCGGCUUACAAUACCUCGCCAUGUUUCGACCGGAGUCCCUGCUGAAGUCCGGGGCUGUAAAAUGGCCGUGGCAUUCUAACAGCACCCCCCUGGCAGGUGCCUGCGACUGCUAUUUCUGUCGCUGUGCCCUCAAGUAACCAGGACCCUGAGUCACCUAACGUCCUAUUAGAUCAAACUGGGGAAAAGCUUAGCCGCGAGGCUCCGCCUUGGUUUGCAGAACAUUGAAGCUAGCCAUCUUGAGAGGCUGCGUAUUUCUCUCAAUAAAACUAGUAUUGUCAUCCAAAGCAGAGACUCAAAUUCAACCCUUCAGCAAAAUGCUUGAGCAUCACAGCAACACAGGAACAAAAUGAACACUGUACUGUCAUUUCUGACCUCUGAUGUCAUUAAGCUGAUUGUGAAUCUCCACUCCUCUGUCUGUCUCUCUCUCUCUCUGUCUCUCUCUCUCUCUCUCUCUCUUUCUCUAUCUCUCUAACUCCAAUUAGCUUAGUUACAAAUGCCAACAGCGACUUUUACUCCAUUGUACGUAUUGGGAUGUUUGAGACGUGGCAGAUUUCACAUGGAGGGAGCUGUCCUAGCCCUUAGCCUCUGUCUCUCUGUCAGUCACCCAUGCUCUGUCUUCUUGAAUGGCUUCCUUAUCACCCAGUCCUGGUCCUUUCCUGUAUUAGCCAGUGUACAGUGCAGUGGGAACUAAGGAGGAAUAAAAUUAAAGCAAACAACUGCAUGGAAUAAAAGCUGAUGUACUGUACCAAA